GGGAGACCGGAUAUAGUGAAUGCAGGGUCCUGGGAGACCGGAUAUAGUGAAUGGCAGGGUCCUAGGAGACCGGAUACAGUGAAUGUAGGGUCCCGGGAGACCGAUACAGUGAAUGCAGGGUCCGGGGAGACCAGAUAUAGUGAAUGCAGGGUCCUGGGAGACCAGAUAUAGUGAAUGCAGGGUCCGGGGAGACCAGAUAUAGUAAAUGCAGGGUCCUGGGAGACCAGAUACAGUGAAUGCAGGAUAUAGUGAAUGCAGGGUCCAGGGAGACCAGAUACAGUGAAUGAGGGUCCUGACUUUAAGGCUCCAUGCA